CGCUUCUCUUUGUAUAUGUUCUGUGGAUCGCGCAGUCCAUUCUCUAUGGCUUUUCGCUGAAUGCGACGAAUGUGCAUCGCUUCUAUCCGAUAUGUCAUGUUACUAAAGAAGUUAAAGUACAAUGGUAGAGGAGGUUGUUAAUCCCAGCAUUAGAACGAAAAGCAAGACAACUCGACCACGUCCAGUAUAUUUAUGGAAUGUACUAGAUGUGCAGAAAUGGCUGAGACGACACUGCAGCGACUAUUAUCAGCUAUACUAUGAACUGUUUCUGCAUCACGACAUUACAGGAAAGACAUUGUUAAGAAUAAAUGAAAAUAGCUUGAGACGGAUUGGGAUCGAUAAUGAACAGCAUAGGAUGGACAUUUGGAGAGAAAUUAUUAAAUUGCAUCUUAAAACAGAUAUGUUAGAGCUUAAGGACAUUGAGCGACGUGAUAAUAUGAUGAACCUUGAUCGAAACAUAUAAAACCUAUUGUUGCACAGAUAUAUUUUUUAAAUAUAUAUUAU